CACCAUUAAAGCAGGCUUCUCUUCUCCACCAGUGUCUAUCAUUUUCCCAGGAAAAUCAGAAAAAAAAGGGGGAUUUCCAAAUAUAUCGGAGAAGAAAAGAAAAUGAGUCAACUCGGAGUACUGAGUGCACUCGACAUCGCGAAAACCCAAUGGUACCAUUUCACGGCGAUCAUCAUCGCCGGAAUGGGGUUCUUCACCGACGCCUACGAUCUCUUCUGCAUCUCCAUCGUCACCAAACUCCUCGGCCGUAUCUAUUACCACGUCGAGGAUUCCCCCAGGCCCGGCUCCCUCCCUCCCAACAUCGCCGCCGCCGUCAACGGCGUCGCCCUCUGCGGCACCCUCGCCGGCCAGCUCUUCUUCGGCUGGCUCGGCGACAAGCUCGGCCGGAAAAAGGUGUACGGCAUCACCCUCAUUCUCAUGGUCAUCUGCUCCCUCGCCUCCGGCCUCUCCUUCGGCGACUCCCCAAAAGGCGUCAUCGCCACUCUCUGCUUCUUCCGCUUCUGGCUUGGCUUCGGCAUCGGCGGCGACUACCCUCUCUCCGCCACCAUCAUGUCGGAGUACGCCAAUAAGAAGACCCGCGGGGCCUUCAUCGCCGCCGUCUUCGCGAUGCAGGGCUUCGGAAUCCUCGCCGGAGGGAUUGUUUCGCUGAUCGUCUCCGCCGCGUUCAACAACAGAUUCCCGGCUCCGCCGUAUUCCGAAAGUCGCUCCGGUUCCACCGUGCCGGAGGCUGACUACGUCUGGCGAAUCGUUUUGAUGUUCGGCGCAAUCCCGGCCGCGAUGACGUAUUACUGGCGGAUGAAAAUGCCGGAGACGGCCAGGUACACAGCGCUCGUCGCGAGGAACGCAAAGCAAGCUGCGGCCGACAUGUCGAAAGUCCUCCAGGUCCAGCUCGAGGCAGAAGAAGAGAAAGUGGAGAAAAUCGCGACCCAAUCAAGCCAUGGAUUCGGUUUAUUCUCAACGGAGUUCGCCCGACGCCAUGGGGCCCACCUAGUGGGGACCACGACCACGUGGUUUCUCCUGGACAUCGCCUUCUACAGCCAGAACCUGUUCCAGAAGGACAUUUUCACGGCGAUCGAGUGGCUGCCGCCGCCGCCCACCAUGAGCGCCCUCGAGGAAUGCUUCAAGAUCGCCCGCGCCCAGACUCUGAUCGCCCUCUGCGGCACCGUCCCCGGCUACUGGUUCACCGUCGCCUUCAUCGACUACAUCGGCAGAUUCCUCAUCCAGCUGAUGGGAUUCCUCAUGAUGACCGUCUUCAUGUUCGCCCUCGCUUUCCCCUACUAUCACUGGAAGGAGAAGCCCCACCGGAUCGGCUUCGUCGUCAUGUACUCCCUCACCUUCUUCUUCGCCAACUUCGGCCCCAACUCCACCACCUUCAUCGUGCCGGCGGAGAUUUUCCCGGCCAGGCUCAGGUCCACCUGCCAUGGAAUAUCGGCGGCGUCCGGCAAGGCGGGGGCGAUAGUGGGGGCGUUCGGGUUCUUGUACGCGGCGCAGAGCAAGGAUCCGAACUUGACGGAUCCGGGUUACCCGACGGGGAUUGGGGUGAAGAAUUCGUUGAUUGUUCUCGGGUGUGUGAAUUUCUUGGGGGCGCUGUUCACUCUGCUGGUGCCGGAGCCGAAAGGGAAGUCGCUGGAGGAGCUCAGUGGGGAGAAUGAAGGUGACGACAAUGCCGGAGGGCUGCAGGUCAACAGGACGAUGCCUGUCUCUGUCUGAAUCUGGGGACUCUAAAUCUGUACGUACAUACAGUACCAACUUACAUGCAACAAUCACCUAGUAAUAUAAUAUUUCAAGAAUCAAGACUUAGAUAUUUGAAUCUACGAAUUUUACAAAUUUCAUUC